GUCGGAACCUCGUAAUCCAAACGCGGCAAAAUUGGAACUCAAAAAGGCUUCUUUUUUAACUUUGAAAAUGGCGUUCGCAUUUACACCACUUCGAUUCUUAACAGUGAAACCUAGACCUACCAUCAUAAUCUCAAAAACCCUUAAUUUCCCCCCUUUUCGAUCCCCAAUUUUCAACCCCAAUCCAAAAACCAUGUCUUGGUCUUGCACCAAAUGCACUUUCCUCAACUCCCCAUCCCAAACCGCCGCUUGCAAAGUCUGUCUCUCACCUCCGUCACCGUCACCGUCUUCGCCAUCUAAAUGGGCUUGUAAGGCUUGCACUUUUUUGAACCUUUACAACAAAUCCAACUGUGAAAUCUGUGGUACAAGGUCUUGUCUUUCCAGUUUCGAUGAUUUGAAAGUUACUAACUUUAACGAUGAAGCCGAUUCCUCUGUUGGGUCUGUUUUCUUGCCUUUGAAGCCCUGUAAUAAAAGGAAGAUCAGGGAACCAAAUCUGGGUAAUGAAGAUUGUAUCGAAUUGGGUGGUUUUCGUGGCAUUAAAGCCUCCAAUAAAGCUGUUCAAAUAGAGGAUAGUCAUUCAGGAUCAAUUAAAGCUUCAUUGAAGAUAUUGAGCUACAAUGUUUGGUUUAGGGAAGAUUUAGAGGUUCACAAGAGGAUGAAAGCUAUUGGUGACCUUAUACAACUUCAUUCCCCUGAUAUCAUUUGUUUUCAAGAGGUUACUCCGAUGAUUUAUGACAUUUUUCGUGGGUCUAAUUGGUGGAAAGGGUACCGGUGCUCUAUCUCGGACAACACGGCGAGUUUGAGAGCUUACUUUUGUAUACAGUUAAGCAAAUUGCCUGUGAAAUCCUUUCGUCGUGAACCUUUUGAUAAUUCGAUAAUGGGGCGAGAACUUUGCAUGACUGAGGUUGAAGUUUCUGGGGGUGAAACAACGCUUGUUGUUGCUACUACCCAUCUCGAGAGUCCGUGUCCUGCUCCGCCGAAAUGGGAUCAAAUGUAUAGUAAGGAACGUGUAGAACAAGCGAAAGUAGCGAUCAAUAUUCUCGAGAAUAACCCGAAUGUUAUUUUUGGGGGUGAUAUGAAUUGGGAUGACAAAUUAGAUGGUCGAUUUCCUUUAACUGAUGGAUGGAUUGAUGCUUGGAACGAGUUAAGGCCUGCUGAAGAUGGAUGGACGUAUGAUACCAAAUCAAACCAGAUGUUAUCGGCAAAUCGUACAUUACGAAAACGACUAGAUCGAUUUCUAUGCAAGCUGAAUGGUUUUAAAGUCUGUGCGGUCGAGAUGAUCGGAGUAGAGCCAAUACCGGGUUUAUCAUAUACCAAGGAGAAGAAUGUGAGGAAAGAGAAGAAGUUAUUGGAACUUCCUGUUUUGCCAAGUGAUCAUUAUGGCUUGCUUUUAACAAUCUCUAGUCAGUAAUGCCCGGUUUGGCAUCGUAUAUGGUUCGGUUUAAGCUCGAAUUGUUCGUCUACUUUCAUCCGUAUUUGCGGUCAUACUCGUAUGCCGAUUUUGUAUAGACUAGUAACAGAAUAUGAUGCAAAUGGUUUGCAGCAUUUAGCUUUUCUUUUUGUAUAAAAACUUCCCAUGUAUGGAAAUCAUAUGAUCAUUUUGUC